AUGCCCAAGGGGCCUAUUACCAUUCAGCAGCGUGGGACUCCCACCACGCUCAGUACUACGCCGCCUCGGGCAACAUCUGGUGCUGAAACUCCCGAGCUGCAGAUCACAAGCCCAACCAGUCCGGGCAGUGGUGGCCACUUGCAAGAAAAAAAGGUUCGAGGUCUACUGAAAAAGGUUCGAGCAAUUGAGGAUCUGAAGAUGCGAUUGGCUGGAGGUGAGAAGCUGGAGGAUACCCAGAUGAAGAAGAUUCACAGUGAAGACUCGGUGAGAAAUGAGCUGAAUGCGCUGGGAUAUACUGGAUGA